AUGGCGCGCUCAAUACUCUUUGCAGCCCUAACUUUGGGUGCCGCAGCCCUUCCCGCCUCGUCCGGGAUGAAUAACAUUAAGAACAUCGUGGUCUUGGUGCAAGAGAAUUUGUCAUUUGACCACUUUGCUGGUGGCCUGGACUAUGACUCGAGCAUCGAUGGCCCCCAGAACCCUCAAUUCUGCAACCCCGCCAAUGUUUCCCUUCCCGAUUCGGCCCAGGUCUGCGCCAACCCCAUCGCGAAGAACAUCGCCUCCGACGACCCCAACCACAGUAUAUCCGGUGGUAACAUGCAAGUCUUCGGCACCUAUCAUCCUGUCUCCGGAGCCAAGUCUUCCAUGAAUGGGUUCAUCAGCGAGCAGCGCGCUUCCUACCCAAAGGAUGACCUCAACCGGGCCGCUGAAGCAAUCAACUACUUCACCCCGGACCACAUCCCCGUCUUCAACUCCAUUGCGCAGAACUUCGUAUUGUUUGAUCGCUGGUUUGCCGCCGUCCCAGGUCCCACCAACCCCAACCGGGCCUACCUGACCUCGGGCACCUCGCACGGCCACGGAAAGAACGACGACGACUUCCUGACCUCCGCACUCCCCCAAAAGUCCAUCUUCGAGCAGCUCUCGGAUAAGGGCAUCACAUGGAAGAACUAUGAGAAUUCGACCAAAUCGGACCCUGCCUUCUUGCCAGAUGCCUUGUUCUACGACUGGACGGCGAAAAACGGGAAAGACAACGUCGUGCCCAUUUCGCAAUUCUACACGGACGCUGAGGCAGGCAACCUGCCUCAGUUCACCUGGAUCAACCCCGAGUGCUGCUCGUAUAUGUCCAUGCAUCCACCUUCUCCCAUCAACAUGGGCGAGAACUUCGUGAAAGGCAUCUACGAGGCGGUGCGCAACUCCCCGCAGUGGAACGAAACCCUCUUCAUUUUGACUUGGGAUGAGCAUGGUGGCUUUGCCGAUCACGUUUCACCCCCUACAGAUGUCCCUGCCGGUGACAGUCUGACCUACUCCGAGGCUUCUGGGGAUGGCCAGGAAUACACUUUCCACUUCGAUCGCCUGGGAGUUCGGGUCCCAACGGUCUUGAUUUCCCCAUGGGUAUCGAAGGGCUUGGUGCAGCACCAGCCCAGUGGAGGCAACGAGUUCACCCACACUUCCAUUCUCAAGUUUGUGUCUGAGCUCUGGGGACUGGACACACUCUCCCCCCGAGUGGAAUGGUCGCCUUCAUUUGGAACUUUGAUCACAAAUAAGUUCCGAAGUGACACCCGGAGAAGCUGCCGGAGGCAGCAGACUUCUAGAUAUACCUGGUCGUUGUACAUAUUUAUUUUAUUUUAUGAAUGUCCAGUCAGGUAUCUCCUACCUGGAUUUAUGAUAAUGAAGUUUUGA